GCCGCAAGGCCCCGUCAGCGGGCGGGGCGGGAAAGGCGGCGCCGGGCGGGCCGGUUCCGCCAUGGGCCUCUUCGGCAAGACCCCCGAGAAACCGCCCAAGGAGCUGGUGAACGAAUGGUCCCUGAAGAUAAGGAAAGAAAUGAGAGUCAUUGACAGACAGAUCAGAGAUAUUCAGAGAGAAGAGGAAAAGGUGAAACGGUCGAUAAAGGAUGCUGCCAAAAAGGGGCAGAAGGAUGUGUGUGUGAUCCUGGCCAAGGAACUGAUCCGCUCUAGGAAGGCUGUAAGCAAACUCUAUGCCUCCAAAGCUCACAUGAACUCUGUUCUCAUGGGGAUGAAGAACCAGCUUGCUGUCCUCAGAGUAGCAGGCUCGUUGCAGAAGAGCACAGAAGUCAUGAAAGCUAUGCAGAGUUUAGUGAAAAUCCCUGAAAUCCAGGCGACCAUGAGAGAAUUGUCCAAAGAGAUGAUGAAGGCUGGUAUCAUAGAGGAGAUGCUGGAGGACACCUUCGAAAGUAUGGAGGAUGAGGAUGAAAUGGAGGAGGAAGCAGAGAUGGAAAUUGACAAAAUUCUGUUUGAAAUUACAGCUGGAGCCUUGGGUAAAGCACCUAGUAAAGUCACAGAUGCUCUGCCAGAGCCAGAACCCAUGGGAGCAGCUGCUGCUGUUGACGAGGAGGAAGACAUUGAAGCAAUGCAGUCACGAUUGGCUACGCUGCGUAGCUAAGGAGGAAAUGUACAGUUUGCCUUUGUUCCACUAUGGGAUGUUCUAUCUUCAAAAUGCAACACUUAACAUGUGCAAAUAUUUUAUGUAAUAUAUUUUUUUCUGCCUGAGUCCUGUAUUCUCCAAGAAACUACUGUAAUAUACACUUCUUCUUGGGGGCUGCAGUCUCAAGAGAUUAUUUUCCCCUUUUCUUUCAGCCUGUCUCAGGUGGGAGAUGAUGGUGAAAGGGCAAAGGUCUGUAACGUGAUGUGUUUUCAGAUAUCAGGUCUUGAAGUACGUUCUUAGGGAAGGAUGCUCCUUGAAGCUAAACAGCACUUUGGCUUAAUCAGCUACCAAAACCUUCUGUGGUGUGAGGUCUUUGACUGACUGACUGACUCCAGAUUUUAUUAAAGCUGCUCUUGAAGUGA